ACCAGCAGCACGUCACUUCAGCCUGCAAGCUAACAUCCAGCAGGUCUUGUUGCACUGAAUCUGCAGGCAACAGCAUGCAGAAACUGGACCCGGGGCUCUCGCAUCCCCUCCUUUGUAUCUCCACUACCCCUUAGGUAAAUGCAGCACCAAUGUGGCACACGCUACACAGGAGAAAGCAGGAGGACCCCUCCCUCCCCCCGUGGGCACAAUGUCUGGCAGGUGGCAGACAACUCUCUGUGGCUUAAAGGAAUAUGAAGGCGUCUCUAUCACUUGGGACACGGGCGAUGAGAUGAUCUAAGCAACCACACACGAAUGAAACCAUUUUCAGGAAAAAGAAGUGUUGUCUAGCCCUUUCGCUUGCCUCGGUAAACUCAGGCUCUGAUACUGCUAUUAAUUACCUCUCAAGCUGCUGGAAUGGGAAGAGGAAACUGCAGUUAUCAGUUUUGAUUAAACCCUCCAUGGGAGAAACUGUAAUGGUGUGAGAAACGUGGAAGAAAGAUUUGGGACAAUUUUAAACCGGUUAAAAAAAACCCAGUUUUUUUCUUCUUUUUUGAUGCUUGUGGGCAAAAUUAAGACUUGUCCCUUCACGAGAGAGGUAACUGAAUUGCAGUGCUCGGCCUGAACGCCUUCUGAUACUAGAAAUCCUGCAGCAUCCCCUCUUUGCCUUAACCUGGGUUACUGUGUCGCACCUUGCCGGCCAGACCAAGGAGCCCCCCAGGGAAAACCAUCACCAUGAGGAGGCGGCAUCUGAAAAUGUUCUCGUUCCUCUUUGUAUUCAUAGCGGCGAUGUCAUUCUUCCUGAACUACAAUCACUACGAGGCCAUGGUCAACUGGGCCCCCCAGCAGAUUGUUAUGCAGUUUUCGGAGCAGUUCAAAAAACUGAUGAAACACCCCAGGAGACCCUGCAGCUGCAAGGCAUGUGUGUCUGAGCUGGGACUUUCCUUGUGGUUUGAUGAGAGGUUUAAUCAAACUAUGCAACCUCUCUUGACCACCCAAAACGCCUUGAUUUCUCAAGACAGCUACAGGUGGUGGCUGAAACUGCAAGGAGAGAAAAAUCCUAAGAAUAUUAAUGAAACCAUCAAGGAGCUGUUUGAGACCAUUUCGGGCGAUGACAGUCAGCUGCAGGAGAGAAGCUCUUCCACAUGCAGAAGGUGUGCCGUUGUGGGGAACUCCGGGAACCUCCGGCAAUCUCAUUACGGCCAAGACAUAGACAGCCAUGACUUUGUGCUCAGGAUGAACCGCGCUCCCACAGUUGGGUUUGAAUCGGACGUCGGGAGCAAAACAACCCAUCACUUCAUUUACCCCGAGAGCUUCAAAGAGCUGCCUGAAAAUGUCAGCAUGAUUGUCAUCCCCUUCAAGACCCUGGACCUGCGCUGGAUUGUCAGCGCUCUCACCACAGGCACCAUCAACCACACGUAUGUUCCAGUUCCUCGCAAAAUCAAAGUGAAGAAAGAAAAGAUCCUGGUCUAUCACCCAGAUUUCCUCAAGUAUGUGUUUGACCACUGGCUGCAGCGCCAUGGAAGAUACCCCUCCACAGGCAUCCUGUCAGUCAUAUUUGCUCUCCACGUAUGCGAUGAGGUGAAUUUGUACGGUUUCGGUGCAAACAGCAAAGGGCAUUGGCAUCACUACUGGGAAAACAACCCUUCAGCAGGGGCUUUCCGACAAACCGGAGUCCACGAUGGGGAUUUCGAAUCCAAUAUAACUUCGACUCUUGCUGCUGUUAACAAAAUACGUCUUUUCAAGGGCAGAUGACCCUUCCCAGAGAAAGGGAUUUGUGACUGCAGUUUCCAGUACACAGGGCACGUACCGAAGCACAGAAAGGGGCAAGGUGAGGAUGAUCCAGGAGCUGGGCAGCUUUGAAUAUCUGCACCUGCAGUUGAUUAGGAGCAUCUCGCUACUGCGCUGGCCACCGAGCAGAACACUACUGCUUCCAGACUGAACUUGAUUGCCUCAUUUGAGAAUACAGAUCUUGGGGACUUAGGACUCAAUUGUGGGCCCUACAUGAUCUGCUGAGCCACUGCUUUGAGAGAGGGAAUGAAGGGGAGGAUUAAAUGCUGAAAUAUUGGGGAGAGGGCUGCCUCUUGCAGCUAAGGGAAACCAGAUGGUUGCUUUCUAGGAGUUGCUGGAUGCAUGCCCGUGCUUUCCUUGAGUAAGCCAGGGAGGUCCAGAAGAGAGGUGAGAACAACUCCUGGGUGGCUGCAAACAGCUCAGUAAGGAUUACCUCAGAGGAACAAGUUCACAUAUUUCACUGUCUGUCCUUUCUUCAAACCAGCUCUUAUAUUCCCUGUGUUAUUUCUCGGCCCAUGUUGUAUUAUGGACAGGCGGGAUGCGCCCAACUUGCCUGAUGUAACAGCAGCCUCUGACCUUGCAUCAGUUUGCAUUCAGAGCAUCUAGAAAUCUGGAGAAAAUCCUUCAUCUCUGAUCUUUUGUUUUUUUUAAUGUAGUGUCUUAUACAGCCAUAAUGAGAGAAGGGACACAGUUCCAACUGAAAACUCCAGCAAAAAAAUGGCCUUUUUUUUUAGCCAUUUGUUUGUUCUUGGCUUGUUUGUUUUAAACAUGACUUUGCUGUUGUCAUUUC